GUCCUAUAGGAGGUUGUGCCCCUACCGACGGCUUUGCGGUUGGUUAAGACUGACUUUCGUUUCUGUGCUUGUACUGCCUUGUUGCAAGCAUAGUAAGCAGCAUGUUGAACCAAUGUUCUAGCUGUACUUUAUACUUGCUGCAGCAUAAAAGUUGUGCUUCGUAGAAAAUAGUUGGCGAAUAGAGCUAUGAUUUGGAGUCGCAUGACCGACAAAACGAAAAGCUGUUCAAAUGAGCUUGUCCUUCGCUGUGAUUGCGACAGAUGUGGCCGUGUGAACCCAAUUUGGUUUUAACAUAGCACGUGUCAACAAUUGAAGAUGUGGCGCUCAGCCCCAGACAUGGUGCGCAGUGUCUUAUCCAAGUAUCAGCGAGAAUGCCUGCUUCAAGAGGAGGGCUCGCGCCAGGAGGAGAAGCGCCAGAGCCUUGAAGAUGCUGCCUGGCGACUAGUCUGUAAGCUUCCACAUGCAAAUAAGUUUGUCUGCAAACCUGUUGAAGCUGUGCUGCGUCGAGCACUUGAGGAUGGAGCCUCUUUUGAGCCUCUUCAAGCUGCCACUGCCUUUGCUGCUCUUGAAGAGUAUGCAACCAACUUAAUACUCCAGCCAUGGCGAACAGAGCUACUCCAAAUUAAGCUUUACAGUGGUUAUUACAAGCACACAGUGGAGCGGUACCUCAAGAAUGCAGAAACAGUGCUUCAACUUAUGGGAUAUGAGAAGAGAGAAGGCAGUGUACUAUACCUGGCUGAUGCUGUUGACACCGCCACUUUGGGUGAUGUGGCACUAGAUUGCCUCAUAGCAGCAGCUGAAUGUAGGGUGCUGGCAGCUAUUAUGGAUGGCAUCAGGGAUCGUGGCUUGUCCUUGAGCUGGAAAGAAAUUUACAGAUUUCGGCGAGAAUGCAGCUGUGAUCCUGAGGAUGCUGUUCGAGGCUUGGUGCAGAAGCAUAAGUUCAAAAGCUCCAAGCAGCUGGCUCCAGUAUUUGGUGCAAAUGAACCCUGUGUAUCCUGGAGAGAUUUACCUGUUAGUGAUUAUCAGAUGCCCUCCAAUGGCACUUGGCCAUCACCCCAUUGGCAGUCGCACGUAGGGGCAACAGCUCCCGAUACCUCCGAGGCUAAACGACGCACAGCAUCAAGUUACAGAGCUUCAGUGCAUGCAGCCAGACACCCUGAGGAAUUGGUAAUGGGCAAUGCAGAUGUCUUGGGCAAUGCUAUAGGUGAUGGUGACUCUUAUGCAGACGCUUAUGGUGUUUCUGCUGGUGCCUGGAGUGGGUACUGUACUGCCACUGGUUACGAGUUUCCUGGGGCUGUGUCAAGAGCUGGUGAUCGAUCUUUUCUGCACUGCAGUCUGGCUGGGGAACAGUGCUACACUGUUCCUGCAGAUAACAUGCCUGGCCGCCUGCCACGUCACUCCGGGGACUGUAGCAGCAGUAGGGACAUGAUUGGUCAUCUAUCCCAAGACCUUAGAUCACUUUCCCUGGGAUCCAAGCGGAGUGGGCUGGAAAUGAAUGGUAUACCUCAUGAACCAUCCCUGGCCAUGGCAAAUGCUGGACUGCCUCCUCAUCCGGACAGUGCUGGAGACUGCCUUGAUGCAGCUGCUGUGGUAGAGGCCUCCCAACGCUACUUAGAUGCAGAGGAAGCAGCUAGUGACAAGCAGAUAUGGUCCUGUGGGGCGUGCACAUACCUCAACGCACCAGAGCGUGAUGUGUGUGAGAUGUGCAGCAAAAGCAAGCAUCUGGGCCCCGAGAUGACUCCAUUGCUCUCUGGUGGCAAGCAGUGCCCUUUGUGCACACUUGUCAAUGAUCGUCAGGCAUUAUCCUGCAGUGCAUGUAGUCAGUCACUGAAAGACUCGCCUACAUACAUUUGAUAUACUGCCUCUAGCCCUGUGAUUGUGUUAGAUCUUAAGAAAUGGGUCAUGGGCAUUGGAAUAGACAUUAGUGUGUUUCAGCUGGCUUGCUGCUGUAUUUUCAUUAUCUUACAUCACAUCCUUCAGAGGUUCAUCACGUGCAAAUAUUUAAAAAAUGCCUAUGUUUGGCAGCUAGAAGAUCCAGUGUGAUUUAAAGGCCAAGCAUUAACAAAAACUUGAUUUCUUUCCCACAUUUCAGACUUAAAAUUGCGUUUCUUGGAGAAUCCAGACUUUCUUCUGUAGCAGAUAAGUCUGAUGAGCAGGAGCUUGAUGUGGGUGGGUUAGUGUUAAGUUAGCGCCUGUCCGUCGUACUUGUUCUACUUUUAGUCCUCGUCUUUUUAGCACUGUUUUUUCUUCAAGUCUGAUGGGAAUGUCACAUUGAAGCCUUUGUUUUAGGCAUAGUAAUGUCUAUGUCUUGAAGUAUAAAGAUCGUAAACAGUAUGUUAGCAGGUGCUCACCUGAUGUCCCUCUGGAGUGUUCUUCACAUAAUUUAUUUCACUAUGGCAUGGCCUUCAGUUAUAUUUUGCUGAAGUUUAUCAUCCACGAGCAAGUGCUUUUAAGGCUAUGAGCAUUCAACAGGGUGCCAUCACUUUUACCAUUGCAUUAGUCUUUAUUCUUGGAAUGAAACUAAUGUUAAGUUAGGACAUGUACAGUGUGUUUGUAGUAUAGUUCUUUUUUUUUUUGUUUUUUUGCUAUAAGCAGCAGCAAAGCCCUCAUCACUACUUUUGUGGGUUAAGGACCUUUUCUAAGAUGUAAGGUCACAAUUCCUGCAUUUUGUGGCAGAUUGCUCUUUAACCACUUGUUAACUCAGGAUUGUUGUGCAGCUAAAGAACUCAAAUGGGAAGACCUUUAGAUGGCUUGAGUGCCUGUUGUUGUGUUGGCAUUGUUAGUUAUGGCAGCUGAAUGCUGUUUAGCAGUGUUACAGAACCUACGAAUGAAUGCAUCUUUGUUCUUAUAAAAAAUUUAGCAUUUUAUCAACACAUUCUUUUUAUAACUGCUGCUCACCCUGUUGCAGAAGAUCUCCACGCAAGUAUCAUCAUUCUUAAAGGGCUCCUCACCAGGUCCCAUUGCAAAUUUUAGUUAUGCUCUGGAAGUUCUUACACUGUCUUGGGAUCGUUGUACCAAAAUAAUGUUUCAUAUCUGUUUAUUAUUGGAGGAGAUAAUGCCCUCUUGCCAUACCACCAGGAGGUGAGUGCGACUGCUAACAGAGGCACUCUCCUGCUGUCCCUCGUAGAGUCCACAGGCAACGUUCCUUCCCCACCUUCUCCCAUACAGAGUGAGAGCCAUGGCUUGUCACGUUCACAUGACAAGCCAUGCCUCUUCUUUUUUCUGCUCUUCCAUAUUUGCUGAUCAGCACAUUUCUGGUGGCGGCAUUGUGCGUUCUGCAUUGCACAAUUUGCCCAAGUAAUGUGUCAUAAUGAGUGGUGUUGCUAGUACUGCGAUUGAUGUCAUGGCAUUUAUGCAUUUUACUUUGACUCUCUUGCUUGGAGAAGCACUUUCUCGACAAGGAAGAUGCACAAAAUUUGGUUUGAAAUUUCAGCUGUUUUUGUGGCGUGCAGCAUUAAUACUUUGGAGAUGUGAUCUUUAGCAUGGGAAGUAUGUGCUGCACUUGUCUGUUUAAGAUGGCCAAACCUGGUGAUGAGCCCUUUAAAGGGACAGUAAAGCUGUACUGGUAACCUAAAUUUGUGGGACACUAGAAACAUCAGUCUUAUUGUGAGUGGAGUCUUUGUAAGCCAGGAAAGAUGCAGGCAUGAAAGAGCUUGAAGUUCCCACACUAGCUCUUUGUGACGUCGUGAGAUAUGGACAGCAUCUGCUUGAGACUAGGUAAUCGUUUAUCAAUAAUCAAGGUUUAUGUUGCAUUUUUAAAGGAACUAAAGACACAACCCAGUGAGUUUGGAAAUCUUUUCCUGAAAAAAAAAUUCACAAAAAUGAAAAAAAAUUUUUUUUUGAAAUUAUGACGUCAUACUGGGGCCCUAUAACGUAAAACUAUUCCAAUAUGUUUUUAUUUCAAUCUCCUGACAUGAAAUUUGCGUGACCGUCGACGCAAGCACUAGGCGGUCACCCGCAGGGUUGUCUGAACAGACCAAUCAAACGCUCUCCUCGUUCAUAGGAGGUCACUUUUGUUUGCCUGAAAAACGAAUAACAUUGCCUACUCGGAGCGGCUUGUCUAAUUUAAAUGGCUGAUGAGAGGCAAGGAACACGCUCAAGUGGAGAGGGAUUCGAUGGGGCCGAGCCACUGCACUGAAAGUCGAUAACCGGAUGAAGAGGGUGGUGCCGGCAUCUGCGUCUGGUCCGCUUUCCCUAAGUUAGCUUGCGGUGGCUGGUCGAAAAUCGCGGCAGCAUGCAACGGAAGCUUAAUAACGACGCUAAAAUGGAUCCUCAGCAAAGAAGAGUUGGCAGAGCGAGGUCGUAAACAUGCCGAAAGUGCUCGGACACGGUACAUGGCCAAGCAAAAAGUUUUAUUAUAAUAUCAAAUAAACCUUUGCUCUCCGGCAGGUGCAAGUAGCCAGUGCCUGAGCGAUCAGCGGCAGUCAUCUUUUAUUCCUUUCGGAAUGGGGCAGCCUGCGGCUAUUCCAAAGAAAGUUCAGUUUUGUUUGGCAUUAAAAUGCAUCUUUAAUGUGUACACGUCACUUUGACACGGUAAGUUCUUGCAGUUUUGUGACGUCGCGCGACAGGCAGGUGAAGUGGGUGCAGUCUGAAAACUUCUGACCAAUAGCUGGGGGCUAAUGGCGAAAAGGCGUCUAAUCAGAAAUAACUAUUUUUCUUUUGUUCAGUCAAAUCAUGCAUAAUCAGUGUGUACACGUCAUAUCAGAUGGGGAGCUAUCGCGGUUUUCGUGACGUCAUGUGAGGUUAAGUGGGAGUGGUCCAAAAAAGUUUUUGACCAGAGGGCUGAUUAUAGAAUUGGAAUAGAAAAGUUUGGAAUAGUUUUACGUUAUAGCUCCCCUGAUGUACAGGCACUGCAGUUCAAAUGUGAAAUUCGGAAAGGGAAACUGUUCACUUUCUUCGCUUUUAACCAAGUUAUUUUUCCUCGAAUUGAAUACAAAUUGAGUCUUGAAAAAAUACUUUGCCAGACUGAACUAGGUACUAGUGUUGUUCUUUAGUACCCCUUAGAACACUUAAGUUUAGAAACUGACACUGAGAAAUUGUGGCUACCAAUUUCAUUGCAGUAAUUGUUUGUCAAAAAAGUUAAAAGCGUCUUGGAAAUAGCAGCUUGUAAUUUUGUUUAUUCAGGGUUUCAUUUUCUAUGUUGCUGCAUCAGUUACAUAAGUGAAUGUAGAUACCUUGACGAUGGGAAAGUUUGUCGCUUGCAUACUCUACACAUCAAACAUGCAUAAAUAAAAUUUAUUGGCUUUA